AUGUAUUUCAAGCCAGUCUACAAGACCAAGAUGUGCAAUUCACAACUAGCCCUUCUCACGGGCUUAUUGGCACUGCUAAUCUCGAUGCCUAGCGCCUCCGCUGCUUCGAAUGCCAUCGUCAUCAACCAAUGUGGCGCACCGAUUUAUGUCGCCUCCGUGAAGAACAACAACAACGCCCAGCCCUGGGCUCUCCCCGCUGGCCAACGCUACACCGAACCCCUGCUCGUCAAGUCCAGCGGCGUCAGCAUCAAAGUCCAAGCCAGCCCCGGCGGCAAAGUAGCCCAAUUCGAAUUCACUCUCGCGUCCGACGGCAAGGUAUACUACGACAUCUCCAAUAUCGACGGCAACCCGUUCGCGGCUCAUGGCGUAAGUCUUGUUCCCUCGGUGAAGUCCUCUGUGGCCAACCCGACUUGUGUGGCGGUUGAUUGUCCUCCAGGUGCGAGGUGUGAUGCGGCGUAUAACCUGCCGGAUGAUGUGAGGACGAAGGUUUGUCCGGGGAUGACGGAUUUGGUGUUUACGUUGUGCACGAAGAGUCCGCUUGGUGGUGGGGGUGGAGCUACUGCUGGGAGUGCACCCGCGCCAGCGGCCAGUACGGUGAGCAAGAGCACGGUGAGUAAGAGUAAGAGUAAGAGCAGGAUCCAGCGGAGGGUGGAGGUUGAGUAG